AUGGCGGCCUACCAACCCGAAUCCACGCUGUCUUUGACAGCAGCAGGCAAGAAGGUGAUCGCCAACGCGGUCCCGAUCUCAACCACCAUGACUGAGGCCGUAUUCGAGGUCGAUGUCCUUGAGAGAGUCAAACCUCCACCAGCCUCUAAAUGGGGCCAAUACCUUGCCGUCAUCUCCUUUGCCAAUUUGCUUCUCUUCAUUCUGGGCCUCUGGCUCAACAUCUUUGCAGCUCAGGCACAAGGUCAAGGCCUUCGUGUUUUGCUUGUUCCCUUCGUCUUUGCACUGUCUCAAAUCUUCGAACACAGCUCUGCAAUCACAGAAGCAUUGUGGCACUACUGCAUCUUCCUCAACAAGAAGAUCGUUGCCUGUCCUGUCCUUCGUCUUCGGGGUAAUCAUGUUCCUCCUGUCGUUAUGAUAAUCGUCACUUGUGGUGAACCACUAGACAUUAUCCUUGACACCAUCAAAGCAGCACUGGACGUCGACUAUCCAAAAGACAAACUUCGACUCAUCGUUGCCGAUGAUGGCAAUGAUGUCAACUUGAGAAACCAUGUGUCUCAGUUGCAACAUUCUGGAAACACUCAUCUCUCUUAUACUUACCGUGUAGUUGGAAAGGGAUACAAAGCCGGCAAUCUCAAUGAGUGUCUCAAGAAAUUCGUGCCCGCAUUGAAUUUCAAAUUCGAAUGGAUUUGUGUUCUCGAUGCCGAUAUGAUGCCAGAACCCCACAUCCUGCGUGCAUUGAUUCCCCACACCGUUAACCGAGACGAAGUCGGCAUGGUGACGACUGGUCAGCACUUUUACAACAUUCCUGCCAAUGAUCCCCUCUAUCAAUCCAACAUCACCGGUCCUCAUGCUGAAGAUGGUGCAAGAGAUAGUUGUGGAGCUGCCUGGUGUCCAGGUUCUGGCUUCAUCAUGCGCUUCAAAGCUUGGUGCGACAUUGGAGGCUUUCCUGAAUAUGCCAUCACGGAAGAUCUCUUCACAAGCUGGCAUCUGCAUGGAAGAGGCUGGAAGACAAUGCUCGUUCAUGAAGUCUUGCAAUGGGGCUUGCAGCCAGACUGCUUCGUUGUCCACAUGAAGCAACGUCGUCGAUGGUGGACUGGUCAUAUUUCACGCGCCAUCACCACCAACCUAUCUUUGUCCGAUGAGAGAUUGGAAGGUGCUAAUUUUGUCCAAAGAUACGCAAUGUUUCAGCAUUGCAUGCGGCCAUUUUUUAACACUGUCUUCAAGGUCAUCUCUUUGGUGUUGAUUAUUGUUUGUGUCGCCACGGGUGAGAAGGUCCUUGCAACUCCUUCCAAGUACCACGUGCUCCCUAUCUUCUUGAGCCUGGUCAUUCGAAGUGGUAUUUCUCGAUACAAUGAAGUCAAGGAUCUUCCAGACCUUGACAGAGUAUGGAACAUGCGUAGACGACAUGCGACCAACACCUGGUUGGGUCUUCAUUUUGCAGUCGAUACUGUCAAGGCCGUUCUUCCUACUCUUCUCAAAGGCAAAGUACAUAUCAAGCCUCUUGGCUUUGAAGUCUCUGGCGUCGAGGAGAAGAAACAAGAUUCGGCUCAUGAACGAAACAAAGAUCAGCGAGGAUGGUGGUUCCAGCGUGUCAUCCUCAUGCACCAGAAGGAGAGAAUCCUCUACCAUCCUCUCAUGGCAAUUGCUGUCACUGCUAUCAUCAUCCAUCAGUGUUUGAAACUCAACAUGCACUCCAACAACUUCUGGCAUGACCUUACCUUGUCAGUGGGAUUUCCUGGUCUGGGUCUGAUUGAAUUGCUACCUCUCGAAUUCACACCCGUCCUCUAUGCCAUGUUCCCCCCAAGCAUGCCCAGCAGACGUGAACUGAUGACCUGGGUGGAGAAGAAGGAAAUGUGGCUGCCCAAGGCUGAAGCGAAAAAGAUGGUAUGGACAGCAUCAACCAGUGUCUGGCUUGAGAUUCCACAUCUCAUUGCCUUCUUCUGGUUGAUGUUCGUGAUGUACAUUCAGCCAUGGCAACUUGUGUAA